UUUGGAAUUGUCAUUCGGUUGUGUAAACCGUCCUCUUUGUCUGACUCUACUCUGGUUGUUGCUGCUACUCGGUUGCGUCUUUGAUGAGAAAAAGUUUCCUCUGAUCUUAACAACAAUCCCAAUCCGAACUCAAGAAAUGAACAUGAGUUUCCCUAUCAUCUUCUCCGCUGGAAUUACUCUUCUGUUACAGGUAUUCCUCCUACUCUCUUCGCCUUCUUUCACCACCGCGAUGGCAAUCCAUUCCGAUCAAUACUGCGCAAUGUAUGAUAUCUGUGGUCAACGCAGUGAUGGCAAAGUUCUCAAUUGCCCCUAUUCUUCACCUGCCGUCAAGCCCGAUGAUCUAUUCUCUGCUAAAAUUCAAACUCUCUGUCCCUCUUUAAAUGGAAAUGUUUGUUGUACUGAGCAACAGUUUGAAACAUUAAGGACACAGUCUCAACAGGCAGUACCCAUUCUAGUUGGCUGUCCUGCUUGUUUGAGGAACUUUCUCAAUCUUUUCUGUCAACUCUCUUGCUCUCCUAAUCAGAGUCUCUUCAUCAAUGUCACUUCCGUUUCUGAGGUUACUGGUAAUACCACUGUGGACGGUAUUGAUUUUUAUGUAACUGAAACUUUUGGAGAUGGUUUAUAUCAAGCAUGUAAGGACGUGAAAUUUGGGACAAUGAAUACAAGGGCUAUGGAUUUUGUUGGGGCUGGAGCUAACAAUUAUGAAGAGUGGUUUGCAUUUCUUGGAGCAAAAGUGCCUCCUGGUGGUCCUGGUUCACCUUAUUCUAUACAUUUUAAGACAACCAUUCCUGACUCAUCUCCUAUGAAACCUAUGAAUGCAUCUGUCUAUUCAUGUAAUGACACUUCACUCGGCUGCUCUUGUGGCGAUUGUCCUUCAGCGCCUGUCUGCUCGAGUUCAGAACCUUCACCACCCGUGAUAAAAGAGCCCUGCUCCAUUAGAAUGGGAUCUAUGAAGGUCAGAUGUGUGGAUUUUUCAAUAGCUCUCUUGUAUAUUCUAUUGGUUUUUGUGUUGUUUGGAUGGGUGUUUUUGCAAAGGACAAGACAAGAGAAGAGAGUUGGCUCCAAUGUGGAACCAUUGCUGAAUGAUAUGGGUGGUGAAGGAAGUAGUUUUACUAACAUCCCAAGGGACGAAACUCAUCCUGAAGAGGUAUGCACAUAAGCCUGUGUUGUAGAAAUAUAUGUAUGUUUGGGAAUCAAAAGGAUUCAAAUUAUUAUUACUAUUAUUUUUGUGGAAAGCAGCUACCCUAAAAUUUAAACUGUUGGGUGAUGGUAUGCAUGAAUUUAUAUUUACAUUAUUAUACUUUACAUAUCCCCUCAUUCAAAAGUUCUUUGGGAUUCUCAUGCUUAAUUUGAACUUUUUUGUUUAGAACAAUGGUAAUGAUAAAGGUUCAAACUCUAAAUUGCUUGGUCUAAGAGAUUCUUAUUAUAUACUC